AGGGGUUUGUCCCCUCCUCGGCUUCCGUAGAGGAAGUCGCGCGGACUUGUAUUUGGGGUUUCGGUGCCCCCCCUUCCCCUUCCCCGGGGCCCGGGGGUGACAUUGCACCGCGCCCCUUACGGGGUCGCGUCGCCACCCCACGCGGACUCUCUGGCGGGCGUGCUCCUCCCAUUUGCCUCUCUUGGCCAGGCCUCCACCCCGCCCCCAGCUGACCAGCAAUGGGGGCCGCAGUGUUUUUCGGGUGCACUUUUGUCGCUUUCGGCCCGGCCUUUGCGCUCUUCUUGAUCACUGUGGCUGGGGACCCCCUUCGUGUCAUCAUCCUGGUCGCAGGGGCGUUUUUCUGGCUGGUCUCUCUGCUCCUGGCCUCUGUGGUCUGGUUCAUCUUGGUCCAUGUGACCGACCCGUCAGAUGCCCGGCUCCAGUAUGGCCUCCUGAUUUUUGGUGCUGCGGUCUCUGUCCUUCUACAGGAGAUGUUCCGCUUUGCCUACUACAAGCUGCUUAAGAAGGCAGAUGAGGGGUUAGCAUCGCUGAGUGAGGACGGAAGAUCACCCAUCUCCAUCCGCCAGAUGGCCUAUGUUUCUGGUCUUUCUUUCGGUAUCAUCAGUGGUGUCUUCUCUGUUAUCAAUAUUUUGGCCGAUGCACUUGGGCCAGGUGUGGUUGGGAUCCAUGGAGAUUCACCCUAUUACUUCUUGACAUCAGCUUUCCUGACAGCAGCCAUCAUCCUGCUUCAUACCUUCUGGGGAGUUGUGUUCUUUGACGCCUGUGAGAGGCGACGGUACUGGACUUUGGGCCUGGUGGUUGGGAGUCACCUACUGACAUCAGGACUGACAUUCCUGAACCCAUGGUACGAGGCCAGCCUGCUGCCCAUCUAUGCAGUCACGGUUUCCAUGGGGCUCUGGGCCUUUAUUACAGCUGGAGGGUCCCUCCGAAGUAUCCAGCGCAGCCUCUCGUGCCGACGGCAGGAGGACAGUCAGGUGAUGGUGUAUUCUGCCCUGCGCAUCCCACCCGAGGAUUGAGGGAACCUUGGGGGGGGAACCCCUGUGCCUGGGGUGCUCCCCUGAUCUCCUCGCUCUGUAUUUCUCCAUCUCCAGUUCUGGACAGUGCAGGUGGCCGAGAAAAGGGGCCUAGCUUAGCCAUCACCAUGAAGGUGAAAUUAUUGGCGGCGCAAGGUUAGAUGAGCUCUGAGUUUCCCAGUAUCCCCGCCCCAGACUGGACUUCUUGGUCUUUUUCUCAGGUCUGAGGGGAACCAUUUUUGGCGUGAUAAAGACCCAAAACUGCCUUUUUCUUUCCUCUUUUUUUUUUUUUUUUUUUUUU